GUCAAGGUGGUCUGUGUUGUCAAGGGCCAAACAGCAGUGCAAUUGUUAAUUUUUAGAUUUUAUGGGAAUUAAAAUAAAUAAAAUUCAAUUCAAUUCUGUUGCUAAUUAGUUAUUUUAGAAAAGUAAUAUUGCAGACUCGUCAGUAACAGUAUCUCAAUAAAACAGGCAAAAUGCCGCGGAUUAUGAUAAAAGGUGGUGUUUGGCGGAACACUGAGGAUGAAAUCCUCAAAGCGGCGGUGAUGAAAUAUGGGAAAAACCAAUGGUCCCGUAUUGCAUCUCUGCUGCACCGCAAAUCGGCUAAGCAAUGCAAAGCGCGAUGGUACGAGUGGUUGGACCCGAGUAUCAAGAAGACGGAGUGGUCGCGGGAGGAAGACGAGAAGUUGCUGCACCUCGCCAAGCUCAUGCCCACGCAAUGGAGGACUAUCGCGCCCAUCAUCGGUCGCACCGCCGCGCAAUGUCUGGAGCGCUACGAAUAUUUACUGGAUCAAGCUCAAAAAAAAGAAGAGGGAGAGGAUAUGGGAGAUGAUCCUCGCAAGUUGAAGCCUGGAGAAAUUGACCCAAACCCUGAGACCAAGCCUGCCAGACCUGACCCAAAAGACAUGGAUGAAGAUGAAUUGGAAAUGCUGUCUGAAGCUCGUGCUCGUUUAGCCAAUACACAAGGAAAGAAGGCUAAAAGGAAGGCGCGUGAGAAGCAACUGGAAGAAGCUCGCAGACUUGCUGCAUUGCAGAAACGAAGAGAAUUGAGUGCUGCUGGCAUUUCUGUUCCAAUUAGGCGCAAAAAGAAGCGAGGCGUUGAUUACAACUCAGAAGUACCAUUUGAGAAGAAGCCAGCAUCAGGCUUCUAUGACACUUCCACCGAAGUGGUGGAUCCCAUGGCACCAGACUUUUCCAGACUGAGGCAACAACAUCUUGAUGGGGAAUUGCAUUCUGAGAAGGAAGAGAGAGAGCGCCGGAAGGACAAGCAGAAGUUGAAGCAACGCAAAGAGAAUGACGUGCCCCAAGCUAUGCUGCAGGGUGAUGAACCAGCUAAAAAGCGCAGCAAACUGGUCCUACCUGAGCCACAAGUUUCUGAUCAGGAGCUCCAGCAAGUGGUGAAGCUGGGGCGCGCGUCGGAGGCGGCGCGCGAGAGCGCGGGCGAGGCGGGCGCGCCCACCGACGCGCUGCUGGCGCACUACGCGCUCACGCCCGCGCCCGCCACCGCGCUGCGCACGCCCGUCGACCAGCAGGACAGGAUUCUGCUGGAGGCGCAGAACGUGAUGGCGCUGACGCACGUGGACACGCCGCUCAAGGGCGGGCUAAACACUCCGCUGCACCAGUCGGACUUCUCCGGGGCGUUGCCACAGGCGCAAGCCGUAGCCACGCCCAACACCGUGCUCGCCACGCCUUUUAGAUCAUCACGCAGUGAAGUGUCGACGCCGGGGAGCUUCGCCACUCCAGGUCACGGCGGACAACCGGGGCUCAUGACACCAGGCUUGCGUGACAAAUUGAGCAUUAACCCGGAGGACCGAAUGAGCACAGGAGACACACCGCAACAGUUAAACCAUAUACAAAAACAGUUGAAAGCGUCAGUGCGUAACGCGCUGCAAUCGUUGCCGGCGCCGCGCAACGACUACGAGAUCGUGGUGCCGGAACACGAGGAGGAGGUCGGCGAGUCGUCGGCUUCCGGCCAAGUGGAGGACCAGGCCGAUGCGGACGCGCGCCUGCACAGAGAACAGGAGGAGAAGCGUCAGGCAGCGCGCGCGCUUCGCUCGGCGGCAGUACAGCGCGGCGCGGCGCGGCCGGCGGACGUGAACGCGAGCGUGGUGCGCACGGGCGGGCCGCUGACGCCGCUGCAGCGCGCGGAGGAGCUGCUCAAGGCCGAGAUGCUCACCAUGCUGCACUACGACGCGCUGCACGACCCGCCGCCCGGCGUGGAGAAGAAGAGAGCGGUGCAACUGCAAGCCUCACACCUGGCCUACUUGGAGCAGCAUCCGUACGAGCAGUUCACAUCCGAGGAGUUGGAUGCGGCGAAGCAGGAGCUGCAGAAGGAGAUGGAGGUGGUGCGCGCCGGCAUGGGCCACGGCGACCUCAGCAUCGACGCCUACACGCAGGUGUGGGAGGAGUGUCUCGCACAGGUUCUGUUCCUGCCGGGUCAAAACAGAUACACGCGCGCUAACCUGGCCAGCAAAAAGGACAGGUUGGAGUCUGCGGAGAAGCGGUUAGAACAAAAUCGUAACCACAUGGCGAAAGAAGCCAAAAAGUGUUCCAAAAUGGAAAAGAAAUUAAGAGUUCUCACAGGCGGAUAUCAAAGUAGGACAGCGUCGCUAAUAAAACAGUUCCAAGAGCUGCAAGACCAGAUCGAGCAAGCGAAUUUAGAGUUAUCGACGUUCAAGUUUUUAGCUGAACAAGAGAAAGCCGCCAUUCCACGUAGGAUAGAGUCUUUAACGGACGAUGUAAAUAGACAAACGGAUCGUGAGAAACAACUGCAGAAGCGGUAUGCGGAACUGCAGGCGGAGUUGGAGGAUUUACACAAGGGAAGGAAGAGCAAGGACGUUGAAGCGAAGACUGCAGAGAAACGCCAUUGAAACAAUAAUUCCGUUAAAUUUUAAUAUAAUUCAUUAAAGGAGAUGGUCCAAAAUUGUAUGAAGGCCAGGAUCAGUCAUUGUACCCUAGCGGAAAUAAAAGGAAAAUAUUUUAAACUAUUUUUGAUUAUACAAAUCGACGAAUUUACUUUAAUUCUUUCGAAAUAAUAUUCAUUAUCGCCCAAGAAAUGCAAAAUUAUUAAGGGUAAUAAUGGCGGGUAGAUGACGUUUUCAAUGCAGUAGUCGAUUUGACGUUUGCUGUCAAUUGUUAUAUCGUAGUUGCUCUAUGGGCGCCAUCUUGAUAUAACUCAAAAACUUGGGUUUUUAUUUUAUUCAUUUCUUUUUAUUUAGUUAGAUUUAUUCACUUUAAUAAAUUUUAAUAAAUUCCUUGUAUUUUUAAAAUUUUAAUGAUACGGUGUACAAGAGUGGACCUGAAAUGGACCAUCUUCUUUUCGACGCGUUAUUAGUUUUUUUUAUGCCACUGUCAUGUGAUGCGGACCUUUGUAGUACGAGUGCUACAGUCGCUAAUUACGUAUAGUGGCAUACAAUACUUUUUCUACGACCAUUAUAAAAAUAAUAAAUUAAACUUGGUAAAUAGUGUAUAAUUGGCGUUGGGAAGAGCCUCUUUCAUUUUUGUAUCGGGGUGGCCGAUUUGUGUCUUAUAUGGAAGCCUAGAUUUUUGUAGCCAUUGAGAUGGAACUAUUAAAAAAUUAAAAAAAAAACAAUCAACAAAUUACCGAACGACCUGUAGGAAUGAAUAGGUUGUGAUAUGGUUUGAGGUUUUAUAUUGAGUAGAUUACGAAAUGGGAGUAGAAUAAGUAUAUUUGAAUGUGAACUGAUUUCCAAGAGUUUAAAAAUAGUUCUUUGUUUCAACAAUACGCGCCACGACAUAUGUCGUGAAGAUAAAAUGACAUUUGUCGUUAGCGUUGGGUCGAAAGUUGAGUCAAUAGUGACCGGUUCUGCCGCUAUUGGUCUUUUCCUCUUCACGAAAUAUGUCGUAACGCGUCUCUUCUCCCUGCUUCAGUGGACUGGGAGUCUGACCGACUUAAUAGUAGUGCACAUUACUAUACAAUAGUGUAAUAAUUGUAUUUAUAGAUAAUAAACAAAUAAUAAUAUA